GCCGCGAACCGCGAUAGCGAAACUGCGGUAAGUCUGUCCCACACUUCGAAACGUAUCGCGUUAUGUUACAUCUCGCUCUAUCGCCUAUGACUUCCUAUAAUUGCAUCUUAGUUUGUGUGGUAUCGUUGUACCUCGCGAUACUUGUUUCACACGGACGCCGCUGUACCGCCAUUUUAGUUUCGCCGCUGGGAGAGAAACGACGCGAUUUGUCUUUUUCGACAGAAUAUCGCGACGAUACAAGAUGACGGAGGUAGAAACUGAAAGAAUUAUUAAUGAAAUUCGAGGUUAUCCCGAAUUAUACCUUAUGGGACAUCCUGAUUACAAGAAUUCGUAUAAAAAAGAAGUGGCGUGGCGAAAAAUCGAGGGAAGUACCGGCUUGGAUGUGAAAUCACUAAAAGCAAAAUGGAAAAAUCUGCGUGAUACUUACAAGAAGUACAAACAGUCUCAACUAACAUUUAGUGGGCAAGCUGCAAAGAAAUAUGCUAAUUGGGUGUGGGCUGAACACAUGAGUUAUGUGGAUUCUACAACAAAUUUACGAUCUACUGAGAGCACUUUAAAUACUAGCCCUCCAAAACUGCAAGCAGCGGAAAAUAAUAAGAUUGAAAAUUUACUUCAAAAUCCAACGGAUAUAGAAGAACGAGUAGAACCUAUAAUCGGAAAUGAGACACAACAAGAAGCACAGGAUGAUGGGUCAGUAAGCAAUAUUUCAGAGACAGGAAGCGAUCUAUAUCGAAGAAGAAGACGCCGAAACUUAGAUCCAUCCGAUAAAAUUAUUAAUUAUUUAGAAAAGAGGAAGAUUGCAAAAUCAUCUACUCCAAAUACAGGUCAAAAUCUAGUUAAUGUAUUGUGUGACAGGCUUGAUAUGACAUUUUUAGGUUUUGCUGACAGUGUCAAGAAACUUUCUUUGAACAACCAAGCCAUUAUUAAAUUACAAAUCAUGAAAUUAAUAACCGAGUAUGAAUUAAAAGAAAUAACAAGUGACAAUAGACCAAACUCUAGCAACAGUACCUAUGUUUCGACUCCAGAAAGUAUUACUCUCGAUGAUCUUAGCAAUCACAGCAAUCGUAACGUCCGUCAACCAUCCACAUCAGGCGUCAACUAUCAUAAUACACUUUCAAACACGCAAAGCCAAACAGAAAAUCGUGACCUCAAUCAGCCGUCCACAUCAGGUGUCAACACCCAUAAUAAUAUACGAACACCUAAUAUCAUCAUUUUACAAUCAUCUGAAAUCAGUGAUCAACACACAUCACAAAUCAUAACUGAUGAAAAAAGUACUCAAAAGUACAUCAUGAUUCAACCAUCAGACCAAAGAAAUGAUAAUAAGGAAAAGUAGAUGUAGUAUAUGUCGAUACAAGAAGUAAUAGUUCUUCUUCUUCAGAUUCAGAAAGAAACCAGUCUGACUCAAACGACAUGUUGCACUAAAAUGAAUAGGAAAAUGCGAUACUGAAAUGCGGUGUGAAAACGACCGCUCAAAUUUCGCUUGUUUACCGCUUUUUCCUGUUCGCUAUCGCGGUUUGCGGCGUCAGUGUGCUAACGCCGUAAAUGUUGUGAACGAACGACCCCUCAAGCGUCACUAUCCGUCUCGCUCAUCCUAAAAGUCCAAUGUCAAUCGUCAGCCAGUCAGACUGUCAGCGUCACUAUCUAUCUCAUUCUAUCACUUUUGUUCAUUACACACACUCGAGACUCCGAUAUGUUAAUACAAAAAGUAUCAAUUAUUAUUUUUGAAAUGCGCUCAAUUUGAAAAAAAAAUAAGAAAUAUUUUUUUAAAGGCAAGAAAAGUAGCAAGUGUUGCACCAUUUUAAAAUCUUGAUUAAAUGCGCCAUCUUUUGAAAUAACUUGCCAAGGGUAGUGUAGUAAUUUUUUUUUUUCAAUAUGAUGUGUCAAAGUUAACUAACAAUAUUUUUGUGAACGAUUACUCACUAAAACUUAUUUUAUUAAAUUAACGAUGUUUUUUGCAUUAAUUUGUAGUUGCGAUUAACAGCAUAUUUAAUGAAGAUCACAAAAUUAAAAAAAUCACUGCGAAAUUGUGACAUUGGUGAUCACAGGACUUGAAAACGCGACCAAGGGUGUCGAAUUUCAACUUUUUUUUUUUUUAAUCUAUUAUCGCUGAACUGAGUGAUAUGGAUUUUUUUUAUUAUUUUUCCCAGUACUGGUAUAACUUGGCUUUUCAUCCGGUCUCAGAUUAUCGUUGAGUUUUGGGACACCCUGUAUAACUGCCUUAAAAAAAUUACCACUGACUCUAAUCUCAGCAUGGAUCAAAUAAGUGCAUACAGUGCUGAUAAUGCUUCUGUUAAUUAUGGUGCCCAUAAUUCUGUAUUCUAGAAAUUAAAAGAAGAAAAUAAUCAUAUUUUUAAAGCCAAUUAUUAUUGCCACGUUGUUAAUAAUUGCGUAAAAUAUGCAUUAAAAGGCAUCGAUGUUGACAUAGAAAGCAUUGUCAUAAAAAGGAGAUGGCCAAAUUUUCAUAGUAAAAAAACCCAGAAUCGACAGCAAUGAAAUGCUUACCAAUAGGUUCAUUAUGAUAGACCUUUGAUGGUGCCAAAAACUCCAGCCUGAAAUCCAUGGGGUAUAGGAGCUAUAUCAUAUUUUCACAAAAAUAGGUCGUUGAAUUUAUAUUGAUUUUAAAGAUCAUUUACAUCAAGGAACAUAAAAAAAAUCUAUGUACACUAAGAUUAUACUAGCCAACAGUAAUAUCCCCAUAGUUACUGAGAUUGCCUGGUGAUUAAGAGCCCUCGCACAUUACGGCCACCAGUCGCCGCCACUAAACGCGACCACCAGUAGUUCGGCUAGACCACUACACGCCGCCACCAGUGGCAGCCACUAGUGGCCGCAUCAAGCCACCAGUGGCUGCCACUUGCGUCAGACACUAGCUGCAAGUAUCUCGACAGAGGUAGACGUGUGUUGCCCAAGAAUGGACGCACUCUUGAUUUCGCUAUUGUUGCUUAUUAUUCUAAAACGUAGAAAACGGCGCCGAAUUCAGAACCAUCGACGACCAAUUCAUCGGCGUCACUGGGUACAUCCAAUUCUGACAUCACGCAAUAAAAAUGGACAGCACAAAUUGCUGUUCGAAGAGUUAAAAUGUUAUCCAGAUAAGUUCUUCAAGUAUUUUAGAAUGAGCGUGAACUCAUUCAAUGAAUUACUUAGCGUUUUGCACGAUGACCUCAAACAUCAAGAUACACGCAUGAGAAAAAGCAUCUCUCCAACAGAAAGGCUGGCUAUAACUUUAAGGUACCUUGCUACUGGUUGUUCAUUUGGUGAUUUUGAAUUAGUAUAUCGAUGUGGUGCGUCAACUGCGAGAUUGAUUGUAAAAGAAACAUGUAAAUUGAUCUAUGCAUCACUUCAAGAUAUCUGCGUACCACAACCAACUGAAGAGAUGUGGAGUAAAAUAGCUAAGGGGUUUGAAGAAUAUGCUAACUUUCCAAAUUGCUGUGGUGCAAUUGAUGGAAAACAUAUAAGGAUUAUUAAGCCUCAAGAUAGCGGAUCCUUAUAUUAUAAUUAUAAACACUAUUUUUCCAUCGUACUUCUAGCUAUCUGUGACGUGAAUUAUAAGUUCACAUUUAUUGAUGUCGGCUCUUAUGGGAAAGCUUCAGAUUCGACUAUCUACAAAGAAUCGAAAUUAUUCAAAAAAUUGGAAGACCAAUCCCUGAAUUUACCUGCACCAAAAGCAAUUUCUAGUAGUUCUGGUCCUGUAAACUACUGUUUUGUUGGUGAUGAAGCUUUUGGUCUUGCAGAACACAUGUUGAGACCUUAUUCAGGAAAACACUUGAAUAUUGAAAAAAGAAUUUUCAACUAUAGGCUUUCUCGAGCCAGGCGUCAUAUCGAGUGUGCCUUUGGGAUAUUAGUGAAUAAGUGGAGAAUACUACAUCGACCAUUGAAUGUGUCAAUAGAUUUCGCCGAAGACAUCGUGAAGGCCUGUUGUAUACUACACAACUUUGUUCGUCAGAGAGAUGGAUUUAAUUUCCAUCAUACAUUGACUGUACCAGGACUUCACGAUAUCGAUAACGCCCACGUGCAAUCUCGUCGUUCAUUAAACACCAGAGAUAUAUUGAAAGAUUAUUUUAUUAGCAACGAGGGAGCUGUACCUUGGCAAAAUAAUAAAAUAUAAUAAAUAUAUAAUAAUAAUGUAAAAUAAAAUUGUCCAAAAACUUA